AGAGGCAAAGCAAAGCAAAGGCAAACACUGAGAGAGUUGGACCCCUGCGCUCUGCUCCAUCGAUCUGCGGAGGCGCACAGAGGAGCUUCUACCGGACGUUGGUCACAUUUUCUGAGCUUUCACUUUUUUUGAGAGGGAAUGCUAGAAGUUAAAUCGCUGUUUGGAUCAUGCUAUUGGGAAAUUUGGUAGUGGUUGCGUUCUGUCUGUGGGGAACUGAUGUCAGCAGAGCUUAUGUUUUUCAUGCCAGUAGACCUGCAGAUGGAGGAGACAACCCACCUCACACUAAAGUCGUCUCAGAGUGGGUCAGCUCAGCGGGCUCCUGCAAGGGGAGGUGCUUUGAGCUGGAGGAGGCCAAACCUCCAGGAUGCAGAUGUGACAAUCUGUGUAAAACCUACUACAGCUGCUGCUCUGACUUCGACCAGCACUGCCUGAAAACAGCGGGAGGAUUUGAGUGCACGCAGGAUCGCUGCGGGGAGGAGAGGAAUGAGAACCACGCCUGUCGCUGUUCAGAUGACUGUCUGGAGAAAGGAGAUUGCUGCUCCAACUACAAGUCACUAUGUAAAGGUGAGACUUCAUGGGUGCAUGGAGAAUGUGAGGAGAUCAAGACCGCUGAAUGUCCUGCAGGCUUCAUCCGUCCUCCCCUCAUCAUGCUGUCUGUUGACGGGUUCAGAGCCUCCUACCUGAAGAAAGGCAGCUCUGUCAUCCCCAACAUACAUAAACUCAGAGAGUGUGGUACAUCAUCACCCUACAUGCGACCAAUCUACCCAUCAAAGACAUUCCCAAAUUUAUACACCCUAGCCACAGGUCUGUACCCAGAGUCUCAUGGGAUUGUGGGGAACACGAUGCACGACCCGGUGUUUAAUGCCACCUUCAGCCUGCGCACCAGAGAGAAACUGAACCACCGCUGGUGGGGUGGACAGCCUAUCUGGAUCACAGCAAAGGAGCAAGGAGUGAAAGCAGCCACUUUCUUCUGGCCUUGGGUGAUUCCUCUGGAGAGGAGGAUUUUGACCAUCCUGGGUUGGCUGCACCUGCCUGAUGCUGAGAGACCGUACGUUUACGCCGUUCACUCGGAGCAGCCUGAUACCUUCGGACAUCGUCUGGGUCCUCUCAGCAGUGAGUUGGAUAACCCUCUGAGGGAGAUGGAUAACAUCAUUGGUCAGCUGAUGAACGGUCUAAAGCAGAUGAACCUGCAUCGCUGCGUCAACGUCAUCAUCGUAGGAGACCAUGGUAUGGAGGAGACCCACUGUGACCGGACAGAGUUUCUUAGCAGCUACCCGCUCAACAUCGACGAGAUUACGCUGAUCCCCGGCUCACUGGGCAGAAUACGACCCCGUGACCCCAAAUCCACCACAUAUGACCCAAAAGUUGUGGUCUCAAACCUCACUUGUAAAAUGCCGACUCAGCACUUCAAGCCGUACCUGAAGCAGCAUUUACCCAAGAGGCUUCACUAUGCUAACAACCGCAGGAUCGAGGAAGUCCAGCUGCUGAUGGAGAGGAAGUGGCACAUCGCCAGGAAAAUGCCCGAAAAAUUGAGGACUCGGUGUGGUUUCUUUGGUGACCACGGCUUUGACAACAAGAUUACCAGCAUGAGGACCAUAUUCGUGGGUCAUGGACCGAGCUUCAAGUUCCAGAAAAGCGUGCCAGAGUUUGAAAAUAUAGAAUUAUACAACGUCAUGUGUGACUUGUUAGGGUUGAAGCCAGCCCCUAACAAUGGGACAUACGGCAGCUUGAACGACAUGCUGAAAGAUCCUCCACACCAACCCAGCAUGCCAGAGGAAGUGACACUGCCGUCACCAGCGUCAGACUCUGAUGCCACUGUGACCAGUGACCUGGGCUGCAGCUGUGACGAUGAGAACAAAGUGGAGGAGAUCAUAGAAGCCUUCAGUCCGGCAACAGAUGGAGCCUACAGUUACAACAGUACCCACCUCCCGUUUGGUCGUCCAGCUGUGAUGUUUGACACUCAAUACAGUUUGCUUCAUCAUGUGGAGUUCAUCAGCGGGUACAGCAAAGAGCUGAUCAUGCCUCUGUGGACAUCAUACACACUUCCACGACAGGAGGACAUAACUCCUGUCCCAGAGGUCUCCCCCGGUGUUCAGUGUGUCCGAGUUGACUCCAGAAUGUCAGCUGAUCACAGUCAGAGCUGCACCACCUACAGCCAGAACAGCCAUCUCACCUACGGCUUCCUCUUCCCUCCAGAGCUGGCGUCGUCUCCAGAGUCCAGAUAUGAUGCUUCGCUUAUCACCAACAUCGUGCCCAUGUACCCAGCCUUCAAGAGGAUGUGGAGUUACCUGCAGGGGACGCUGCUGAGGCGUUAUGCAGAGGAAAACAAUGGCAUCAAUGUUCUCACUGGACCCAUUUUUGACUACAACUACGAUGGCCUCCGAGACACCACAGAGAUGAUAAAAGAGUUCACAGCCGACACCCCGCCCGUCCCCACCCACUACUACACAGUGGUGACAAGCUGCCAGGAGCUGAACCAGACAGUGGAGGAGUGUGACGGGGCUCUCAGGGUCUUUUCGUUUCUUGUACCACACCGACCAGACACCAGUGAGGCUUGCAAUAGUGUAGAGGAUGAGUCACAGUGGGUUGAAGAACUGCUGAAGCACCAUACAGCCAGAGUCCGAGAUGUGGAGAUCCUGACGGGCCUGGACCUCUACCGAUCUACCAACCUCACCUACACCAGCACCCUCAGCCUAAAAACCUACCUGCAAACCUUCGAGGGUGAUGACUAGACACCCAGAGAAACAGACACACAAAUACAGGAUGUAGCCCUUUGUAGAAGUCCUGCAUUUUCACUGCAUGCUCGCUGGACAGCUGGCGCAUCAUCGUUCCACUCCUGAGGAACUGCCCAAGAAGUGCUCAGAAAAGGAAACACAUUUUUGAAAAUUGAGAAGAUUAAAAGAAUGGUUUGGAAAGUUAAAGUUUGGAAGAUUACAACAGGAAUAUUCAAUACUAUACAAAAAAAUCUGAGAAGAAAUAAGCUAGCACAGGAAUGAUGCAGGAUGGGGGACUUUCUUGACAGCUGCCACUACACAUUUCAUAAAUAGAGCUAAUACAGUACAUUCUCAUGCACACAUAAAGGACCAUAUUGGGGUUUUAGCUCCAUAACUACAAACAGUGCAUACUUUAUAUUCCUUCUGCCUAUCCAUUGAGUGCUGUAGAUUUUAAAACAAAAUGUAUUGUGUCUUUUCUUACUCAUAAAGGAUGACUUCUCUCAGCAAACUGCACUUAAACUUUAACUUUGAUUACGUCUUCAUACAUUAUGGAAAUAAGUAGGAGCCAAUGCCUACCAUAAAUGUUACAAAAAUACAUUUAAAAAUGUGAAAGUCUACAGCUUGGUUUGCAAAAAUGUGGGUAUGGUUCUGUCAAGGAAUAGUUUAACAUUUUGGGAAAUACACUUGUUCUCUUUCUGGCUGAGAGUUAUAGACUGUCACCACUGUCAGCAGCAGGUUAGCCUAGCUUAGCAUAAAGGCUGGAAACAGGGGGAAACAUCUAGCCAGGCUCUGUCCAAAGCUACCAAAAUCUGGCAACCAGCUCCUCUGAAGCUCACUAAUUAACAUGUUACAUCUUGUUUGUUUCACCCAAAAUGUCAGACUCUUUCUUUAAAACAACAGGCAGUAUACAUAUAAACAUGUAUCAGAUGCUCAUGCAAACAAACAGGACUCGACAUGUGUACACCAGGGUCAGAACAUAUUCAGAGCCCUUCAACAGAUCCUAAAGUUUGUGCCAUUAAACAUGUAAGAAAAAUAAAUAAAUCAAGCCUUCCAUGUG